GCGUGUGCGGGCUCGUGCUGGCGGUCUGCAAGAUGGACGACUUGAGACCGAUUUUGGAUUUGCCAUUCGGUGAUUGGGAGCUGUUCAAGAUGCUGAUAUUGAAUCUGCGAGACUUGGAGGCGAGUUUACCGACCAGCGCGCCAACUGUUGCGGUGAUACCAGAAAUGUCGGGAGACGUGGAAACUGAACCAGUGAAGCCCAGACCCGUGAUAGAACAUCAGAGGAGUCGUCCCAGUAAUGUCGAAAAACAGCCAUAUACGGAAUAUCAGGUAACACUGGAAGAGCAGAUGAUAUGUGGCGCGCUCCAGACUCUGAACGAGGAAGCCAUGGAGGACGUGUUGCACUCGGAGCCCGCGCACCCAGGCCAGGAGUGCGAGAUGUCUGCGAGGGCCGUGCCUCGCGGCGCGUCGUGGGCCGGGUCCGUGCCGCCCUCGCCCGGGCCCAGUCCCCGCGCCAAGGGCGGCAGCCUCCGUGCCCGACGCUUCGCUCACGACCCGCCCGUGGUCACCUUCAAGGUUGAGAACGAGGAGGACUCUGACGAAGGCCACAUCACGUUCUCGGCGCCGGCUCGCUCGCGCCGCGCCGCCUCCCGGCCCUCCUCGCUGCUGCUCGCGGACGACGCGCCCGACCUCGCCGAUCUCUCUUCCCGCUCCAAAUCGGUGGAAGAUUCCAUUCGCAACAGUUCGCCCGUCGUCGACCUCAAAUUGCGCAACCUCCGGCGGACCGCGGACAUGAUCCGCAAGGUGGGCUCGGCCGAGAGACUCUCGCGGUUCAAAGACAAGAUCCUGUCACUGAACGGGUCCCGCGAGCGCAGCCCGCCAGACGACGGCGCCGCGCUCAGCGACGACGAGUCCAUGCCGCUGGUGACGUCACCCGCCGUCAGCGCCGCCUCCGACCUGCUGGCCAGCAGCGCCUCCUCCGCCCACUGCCGCACGACCCUCGGCGUGGAGUGCGGCGACAGGAGCCUCCAGGACAUCACGGCCAGCUCCGACUUCUCGCCGCGUUCAGACUUAACUGACUUAGAAUCUCCUCGAGGAAGUACGGAUUUCGAUCUGCUUCCUGAAAGUAAGCAUGCCACCACUCCUCUCAAACCCAAGGUCGGCAUGGUGAGGGAAGAAAGCGAUGGCUCAAUUUCGAACAUGGUGGAACCGUAUAAUAUGCGUCUGUUCGCUCACGGGACCUCUGAAGGUUUGCGGUCGCUGUGGAGACAGGACGCCUUGGACUCGGGGCCGCCCUGGCCCUGGGACGAACCGGAUUCCGCCGUAUGAUUUUGAUGUGAUUUUCAUUUGGGAUCAGCAUAUUAAUCUGUUAGACUCGUCAUUUUAUUCGGAGAUCAUGAUGGGAUUAGUAGUUAUCGUGAAGUGUUGAAGGAAUUAAUUAUGAUAUUGAAAAUUGAUAUUCAUAUGGAAUAUUAUCAAGUGAUGUAAGCGUUAUAAGCCAUCUAUCAUCAGCUGAUAUUAUUAACAUACUUGUGUAUUUAUUUUAUAAUGAUUUAGUUAUGUAGUUACUGCAAUCGUGUCGACAAAUACUUAGUGUAUGGAAUUUCCUAGACUCAAUAUAUCACACAUUUUUA